CCUCGGGCCGGCUAGUGAGGCGAUGGCGGCGCCCGCCCCGGGGGCUGGGGCAGCCUCGGGCGGCGCUGGCUGCAGUGGCGGCGGCGGCGCGGGCGCCAGCUUGGGCUCUGGGUCCGCGGGGAUUGGCGGCCGGCUGCCCUGCCGAGUGUUGGAGUUGGUGUUCUCCUACCUGGAGCUGUCCGAGCUGCGGAGCUGCGCCCUGGUAUGCAAGCACUGGUACCGCUGCCUGCACGGCGAUGAGAACAGCGAGGUGUGGCGGAGCCUGUGUGCCCGCAGCCUGGCAGAAGAGGCUUUGCGCACGGACAUUCUCUGCAACCUGCCCAGCUACAAGGCCAAGGUACGUGCUUUCCAGCAUGCCUUCAGCACUAAUGACUGCUCCAGGAAUGUCUACAUUAAGAAGAAUGGCUUUACUUUACAUCGAAACCCCAUUGCUCAGAGCACUGAUGGUGCAAGGACCAAGAUUGGUUUCAGUGAGGGCCGCCAUGCAUGGGAAGUGUGGUGGGAGGGGCCCCUGGGUACGGUGGCAGUGAUUGGAAUUGCCACAAAACGGGCCCCAAUGCAGUGCCAAGGUUAUGUGGCAUUGCUGGGCAGUGAUGACCAGAGCUGGGGCUGGAAUCUGGUGGACAAUAAUCUACUACAUAAUGGAGAAGUCAAUGGCAGUUUUCCACAAUGCAACAAUGCACCAAAAUAUCAGAUAGGAGAAAGAAUUCGAGUCAUCUUGGAUAUGGAAGAUAAGACUUUAGCUUUUGAACGUGGAUAUGAAUUCCUGGGGGUUGCCUUUAGAGGACUUCCAAAGGCCUGCUUAUAUCCAGCAGUUUCUGCUGUAUAUGGCAACACAGAAGUGACUUUGGUUUACCUUGGAAAACCUUUGGAUGGAUGACAGUGGCUUCCUUAAGAUGAAAGAUAGAGAAGAGGAGGUAUCUGCUUGUGGAAAGUAGAACCAUGAAGUGACAGUGUCAUACAUGCAUGUCCAAGAAACAUCUUGAAAAACACAUGAAAUUAUUAACUGGAGAAGCAACUCUACAGCAAAGAUUAUCUUUAGUGUUUCCUCUUUCUACUGGGCCAGAAAAAUCCUCAGGGUUGCAGUUGGUUGAGUGGGCAGUUGACAUAUGCAUGUUGCAACAGAUUUUGUCUCUAAGCUAGCAACGUGUUAUUUCCAUCUUUUAAGGUGAGAUCUUAGAGAUGCUGUACAAGGGAUAAAGUAAGGAAAUAACAAGAUUUUUAAGUUGUGUGUUUUUGAAGAAAGACUGAUCCUGUUUUACAACUGCCUGUUUUUUCCCCAGACACUUUUUUUCUAGCCAGCUUGACUAUUAGAAAAAUAUGAAACUGGCUGGGUUUCAUUUAAUAUUUUUAAUAUAUUGAGAAGCAUGGUCUGCUUGGACUGCACUUCUCUAACAGUGAGAUGUAAAAUUGUGCAGCUAUUUUAAAAGUUGUAUAUACAAUAUGUGUGUAAAAAAAAUACAGGACAAAGGGGUUGCUUUGUUCUAAUUAAAUUUCUUAAGAACCACUACAUGGUACAAAAUUAAAAUAACAUAUAGGGACGGUUAGGUAUAACUACAAAGAAGAGGAUUUUAAGAGGAGAUGUGUUGUAUUCUCUCAUUUUGUAUUAUCUUUGGUUUACAGUUUCCCUAGCUAUUAUAGUCUGUUCUUUUCUUUUUGUCAAAAUUAUUGUAAAAAUCCUUUAAUAUAGUGGAUAAAGAUUGAAGGAAGGCAAAUUUCUUUCUAAUCAUACAUAUAAUUAUAAUGGUGUGCAUCUUACAGUAUCUGGUUUUUUUUUGGCCUUUUGAGAAGUUGUCUCAUAAAAACACAGAAUUUGCCAAUUGCUCUUAUAGACCUCAAAUAAAAGCUGUUAGUCACAGACCUUAGAAGAAGAAUUGAUUAAUGGUCCUUUUAUUUUGUAACUAUAAUUCUGUAGAUAUUAUAAUUUUUUAAAUUUCACAUUGUUUACAACGUACAACAACCUAAGCCUCAAACUCUUCAUUGGGGUUAUCAAGAAAAUGUUUACUCACCCACCUGGAACAGUGCCAACCUGAACCCAUGUUGAAAAUGUUCUUAAUCUUAUAGAUAAUUGCCCCCAUGGGACUUGAAAUAAAACACCUUGUGCUGAAAACUUCAGGUUGGCAAUAUUUUGAAGGUUUCACUGUAGGAGAGCUUAACAUUAAUUCCUAUUCUGAAUUUUUGACUAAUUUCACAAAUACUCUUUUGAAUUAAUAAUCUAACAUUCAGGAGUUGAAAUUUUUUUUUUUUUUUUUGGAAGAGAAGCAAACAUCUUUUGGUAUGAAAGCAUAACUUGUAUGGUUUCAGAUACAUAUUUGUGAUAAGAAUCGACUAAGACAAGUGGAAUCUUUGUACUUUUUAAGGUUGUGAUUGUAUGCAUAUUCUUUAUUAAAUCUAAUAAAGUUAGGGACAGCAAGCAGCUGGCUGGGAUUUUUGGGUUGCUCCAUGAGAGUUAAGAUUAUCAAUACUCCUGUGAAACAGGGGAUUUCAGUCAUGAACAAAGAUUUAUUUUUGCCACAUGACCGGUUUACAAAUAUUUGUUGUGUAUUUGGUAUAUUGUUUAAAGGUGAAAUCUGUUAAAGAUUCUUUUCAAUAUCCACAUCAAGCAGAAACCUGGAAACCAUAUUUAAUAGUGCAGAGUUAAAUUAUAUGUUACAUACAUUAGAGAAUAUAGCUGCUACAGAAAUUGAUUUUUGUUGCUGUGGAAUGACUCAAUUUGGCAAAGUUUAAAAUCUGAUUAAAGAGAACUGGUUCAGGAUGAAGAUUGAGCUAGUUUGAACAUUAAAAAGUCUUUUAAGUACUUGUUUGUUUUUUAGGUUGUGAUACAGCCGACUCCAAGAGCUUCGGCUGAGAGUUUUGUUUAUAAUUUCUGUUUUGUCUUAUUAGUAAACGUUUAUUUUGUAACAAAGAUUUGAAGGUGCUGAAUGGAAAACAGAAACACAUGGUUAUUGCAUAUUGAACCUAUAAUCAAAUAAUUGCCUAAAUAUUUAACAACAAGCUAUUCUUAACUCAAAAUUUACCAUAAAUUCCCUAAUACCCCAUUUGCAAAUUUUAUAAAAUGGAGGUUCAUAUUUAGCACAAGCAUUGGGAGAAUGAAGAGCCUUCAUUUAUAACAUAAUAUGUUACUGGAGACCAAUAGUAGCUAUAUAGAAUAUUAAAACAAAUUACUACAGUUUUCAAGGAAAUGGAAUCUUUUUCAUUGGUGCUCAGAGAGCAUUUAGGUAGAUGACAGUUGCACUUGAAGAUUGAGUAUAAGUCAUCUAAACCAAUAGUUCUCAACCUCAGCUGUACUUUGGAGUCAUGUGUGUUUUGAAAAAUAUCAAUACUUGGGUCCCAUACCCUAAGAUUUUGAUGUUGGCCUGGGAUAUGACAUGACCAUAAGGAUUUUUAAAAACAAACACUUCCUAGAUGAUUUUCCAUGUGCUUCCAAGGUUGAGUUCAAAAUUCACCUGAAGUUUCCUCAUCUGCAAAAAAAAAAAAAAAGAAAAGAAAAA